AAGGAGCCGGAGCAGCAAGCGCUCUGGGUGGGUUUUUACAAAGGAGCAGGCAAAAGCCAAAAAAGCCUUUCCUUAUCUCCUCCAUUCCCAAAUCCCAAAUCCCAAUCCCAAUCCCUGCCUUUCGGUUUCAGAGGACGAGGCUUGUUGGAGAUGGCGUCUCAAUUGAUCCGCGAAUGGGUCGGCAUUCAGCAAUUCCCCGCCUCCACCCAGACGAAAUUGCUCGACUUGCUCGGCAAACUCAAGCACGAGAACGUGAGCACCCUGACGGUUCUUGUCAUGGGGAAAGGAGGGGUUGGCAAGUCCUCCACCGUUAAUUCCGUAGUCGGCGAAAGAGUCGUUGCUGUCAGUGCUUUCCAGUCGGAGGGCCCGAGACCUAUAAUGAUUUCGCGCUCGAGGGCUGGGUUUACGCUGAACAUCGUCGACACUCCUGGGCUCAUCGAAGGCGGAUACGUCAACGAUCAAACCCUUGAAAUCAUUAAACGCUUCCUUUUGGACAGAACGAUAGACGUCCUCCUCUAUGUGGACCGUUUGGAUGCUUACAGGGUGGAUAACUUGGACAAGCAGGUCAUUAAAGCCAUCACCGAUAGCUUUGGUAAAGAAAUCUGGCGCAGAGCGCUGGUUGUUCUCACGCAUGCCCAACUCUCUCCACCGGAUGGUUUGGAAUAUGAUCUAUUCUUCUCUAAAAGAUCGGAGGCUCUUAUGAAGAUAGUUAAGUUGGGCGCCCGGAUUAAGAAGCAAGAUGCAUGGGGGUCUUCCAUUCCUGUUGUUUUGGUUGAGAACAGUGGGAGAUGCAGCAAAAAUGAGGGUGAAGAAAAGAUACUUCCAGAUGGAACUCCUUGGAUUCCUAACCUUGUGAAAACGAUCACGGACGUUGCAUUAAACGGAAGCAAGGGUAUAUUGGUGGACAAGAAAUUGAUUGAAGGGCCGAAUCCCAAUAGAAGAUGGAAAGAAUUUAUCCCUUUGAUUUUAGCAUUCCAAUAUUUCUUCAUCAUCAAGCCAAUUCAAGGGGCAAUCAAGAGUGAUAUUGCAAAAGAGGCCAGACCAUCAUGGGAGUUGAGGGAUGUAGGAGGGGCCUCGCGGAAGUUCUAAAUAGAUCAUAGAUGAUAUUUCCUGACAUUUCAAUGGCAAGACCAUAUUUUGUACUACUUUCCAGAUGGCCUUUUCUUUUGGUUGUAAUUGGCGAUGGAACUUGUGUUUUUGACUUUGAAGAGGAUAAGACGUCGCGUGCUAAAUAUUGUUGCAAAUCCACUGCAGCUUUUGGACUGGA